AUGGCUCGAAGCGUUGCGGUUUUUCGGAUUUUCCGCAAGUCGUUUCAGGUCGGCCGCAGGCACAAGCCAUUCCGCGUUUAUUUUUAUUCUUUGAAAAAGAAAUUUUUCAGAUCAACUUGGAUAAUUUUCCAGCAAUGACUUCCUGGCUCCCACAGACGUUAUUCAAGUUCCAGGUUUCUUUUUUUUUUUCAAAUAUGGUCGCAUUUGGAAUGGCUCGUCCCAUUUUUUAAUGACUGAAUUUGAUUGUUAGUGAUGUCAAUGAUUCCGCUACUGGAAAACUUAAAAAAAAAUGGAAAAACUUUAGAAAAUUGCGAAAAAAAACCGUACGCCCCGAGCCAUUCCAAACGCGUCCAGAGAACUCCAUUUUGUCAUUUUGAACCUUCAGAAUAUCGCCAGAACAUCUAGAGCCAAUCUGUACGUUGGUUCGAAUGUCAAACUGCGAAAAGAGCUCUCUGGAAGCCUUUUGGGCGGUGUGAAUGUGAGUUUUUUGAAUUUUUCCGAUGAAAUCAGAAGAAAAAUCGAGAAAAAUAAGAAAAAGAAUGAAAAUCUCAUUAAAAAUGGAUCACUCCGUGUUAUCCGAUCCAAUUAGAAGGGAUAUCUCCAAAUCUGGCGCCAGGAACCGCAUCAGCGUUCGUGGUGUAAUGGUCAGCAUGGAUGCCUUCCAAGCAUUCGACGGGGGUUCGAUUCCCCCCGAACGCAGAAACAUUUUUGCCAUUUUUCUAGUCAGUGGAUAUUAUUCUUUUGAGGUUCAUCUUGCUUGUGAGAAGUUUCUUGCGGUUUUUAAGAGACUUUCAAAAAGUGCGACCGUUUCAAGUCAACACGAAACCAUUUUGAACGUUUUUAGGAGUGCGAAAACUUAUUUAUUCUUUUGAAAGGCCAAAUUUUUGAAUAUUUGGUUUCUUGAUUUUAAUAUGACACAGCAUUAUAUUAUGACAUUCAAUCAUCAAAAAUUCGAGCCUUUAUCGGUGAGAAAGGGAUCAAUUUAGCCAUUUUACUCAAUAUCAGGGAAAAAUUUUUCGCCUUGAUCAGCGAAAAAAAUGGUCCUGGAAGAAGAUUGUUUCGUUUAUUUAAUUUCAAAAUUGCAUUUUUUGUUCAAAAUGAUUCCGCCAAAUAUACAUAAUUGUGUCCUACAACACGAUUUUACGACCGAAAUUUAUAUUUCGCGUAUUUCGCGACAUCUUUUAAAACGAAUAACGGGAUCAUUUCAAUUCACAUCGAGCAAGGUAUAGCUGAUUCACGGCUGACUUGAGCCAUCUAAAAAAGGGUCCUGACACGAUAAUGCACGAGACAGUGCAUGACUCGUGGAGAGCGCAGACAGGCCACGCCCCUUAGCGUGCCAAGUUAGCCGUGACUCGGGCAUACAAGUUCAUUCAUCCCCUAGAGGAUCCCAAAAUUAGAGAGCAGCUCACCGGCCCCUUCACCUUUUAUUUAAGGCUUCAAAACCAUCGGACCAAUCGGAAAAAUUUGAGCCGCCACUCUUUUCCACGCCGCUGCGUUUCGGUCCGACAGUCGGGGCCAGGCGAACAUUGCUCCGGAACGUUCAAAAUAUACCAAAAAUUGUUUGCGUCCCUUGCGGCGUUGCUACCGACGCGCAGCGGCUUGCGCGCCGUCAUAUCAUAUUAUCGAUUUUCGCUGGAGCGCGUUCGCUCAUUGUUUCAAAGUCAGCAUUUUCAUUUUUUCGUCAUUUUUUUACUUUUAAAAUCAUUCUAUAUAUAGUGCGUUCCGCGCGUGACGAUCACGUUUUAAAAGCACAGAAAAAAUUGAUCGCAAAUACAAAUUUUUGCUCUACUAAAUUGCUGAAAAGACAGCAAAUAACAAAAGUAAGAUACUCUUUUUGAUUUUGAUCUACUCCGGUUUACGUUUUUUUUUGGCGGAAAAAAAAACGUGAAAAGCUGGCGCGGAAUGGGCUAUAAAUGUCUUUAUUUCUGGUGAUUUUUAGGACAUCUCGCUCGAAUUUAGCACUUUUUCAAGUAGGAAAAAUGAAAGAUUUACUCAAAAAAAUUUAUUAUGCAUUUUUUUAUCAUUUCACUCGACUCAGUUAUUUGUUCAUGAAGUAUAUAAUCAUCGUAAAAAAAUUUCUAGAUUUUUUUAACUAGAAAAAUUAAAUUUUUUCUUUUUUUAUUUUUUUAAAAAAAGCUCAAAGGGUUUCUGCUCGACUUUUUUUCAAACUAAAUCAUGUUCAGAAUAAGUUUUUUUAACAACGAAAAGGAUUUUGAAACGUUUUUCAUUUAAAAUUUUGUCACUUCUUUUGAAGUUUAUCAGGUUUUAUUUUUGUUCUAAUUUUUAGGCAGUUCUCAAUAAUUAAUUUCUCUUCGAUCAUUCAUUUAUAUGUCUCAAGUUGAGUUUUCGUUAAAUCGCAAACCGCUACUCCCUGACGUCAUUUCAUGACACCAUUCGUAACACAAGAAAUAAGCGUAAUCGAAAUAUUUAUUUUAUUCACGUGAACAUGAUUCAGCAGAUUAUUAUUAUCUCAUUUCAUCACGUCGACUGGUCGGUCUCUUUGCCGCUCUCGCAUGGGAUAAUAUUCCGACGCCCGUCAGCCCUGGACAAGCUGGGCGCUGUACUGUUCCAACAUGGUGAAGCAGUUUAUUCGCUGGUACUACCAACGGGCCAACAUUAUUUCCCAACGCUAGCUGUCACUCCGGGACGUAUUGGACAACGAUUGUGGACCGUCACCCGCGCCGACGACUAACUCUUCGAUUAUACCAUGAUUCAGCAGAGAUUUUCUUCAACUUACUCUGAAGACUGAAUAAAUUGAUAUGAAUUGAAAUUGAGAUUAAAAAAAUUGAAGAAUGGGAGGAGCCUGAAUUGCGCCUUUGCAUUAAAACUGCGCCUACAGGUUCAUUCAUUACUUAAGAAAAUAGGCUUAGUUUUAAGGCUUCACACGGAGGCGGAGCGCGCAUAGCGCGAAGCCGACUGUGGCUCGCUUCGAAAAAACUGAGCCACAGUAAAAAAUUCGUCAAAUAAAUGAAAUACUUGACAUAAAAGGCAUUUAGUUUCAAAAAGUGGACACUAAUAACACUAUCAGGUCACUCUAAACGAUUUGCAAACUUGAUACGCGUAGCGAAAAAAUCUGCAAAAUGUAUUUCCCAAAAAAAAAAGAAAAAAAUUAAAGGAGCACACUGUGCGUAGGCGUGGGCCUCGACGCCUCGGAUUAUUCCAAACCUUUAAAAGGUUUCUAAAAAAAGUAAGAAAAUAGAAGAAUAAAAAGUUUCCAAUCAAAAAGGGGAUUUUUCAAGUGUGUUAUCUUUCUGUUUCUCAUGUGACCGGAAAAAGUUUUCACGUCGAAUCUAAUUUUAUAAAUUGGAACGUAAAAAAAUGAAUAAAAUGAUAUGGCUGCGUGCGCAAGUUUUUGCAAAUGAAGAUGAUGUCAUAGGGAUGACGUCAGGGAGUAGCGGUUUACGAUUUAACGGGAAGUCUCAAGUUGAUGUAUUUUUACAGGUAAUCGCAGUUCACGGCGACAAAAACACCCAUUUGGUGACGAAAGUCCUGGCCGACCAUGGGGCCAAUGUCCGGCAUUUCGAUAUUAAAGUUUUCCAUCAUAAGUAUUGAUUUUAUCGAUUCUCUUGAUUUGAGGGCGUUUCGACUCAAAAAUAUACGGCUCCGGAACGAGAAAUCGACCUGAAAAAAUCGGAUGACCUGGUGUAUUUGGAAAAUGUUAUAAGGUUGGUUUUGAGCUGAAAAAUGGUGGAAAAUUCAUAUUUUGAGUCUGGUUUGGUACCAUUUUUUGCUUUAAACAGGCUCAGGAAGGAUUUUUGGCGAUAUUUUGCGCUUCAGAAUCUUCCAGCACCUUUAAACGGCCUUUUGAAAUUUUUUUUUCAAAAUUGGAACUUCUAAAUCUCGAAAAGUUCUAUCAACAGCUUUUGAAGGUUUUUUUUUGAUCAUGUAUGAUUUAAAUCAUCUUUUUCAUACAAAACGCAAAAAAACGCGAUGUCGCCAUGUGUUUGAGAUCCAAUUAGAAGGGAUAUCUCCAAAUCUGGCGCCAGGAAGCACAUCAGCGUUCGUGGUGUAAUGGUCAGCAUGGAUGCCUUCCAAGCAUUCGACGGGGGUUCGAUUCCCCCCGAACGCAGAACCUUUUUUGCCAUUUUUCUAGUCAGCGGAUAUUAUGUUUUUGACAUUCAUCUUGCUUAUUAGAAGUUUCCUGCGGUUUUCAAGACUCUUUAAAGUGCGACCGUUUCAAAUUAACACGAAAAUUCAACUUUCAGACAACAGAAACUCGUAAAAUUAGGAUUCUACUUUUUUUCAGCGAGUUUUUCUGAAAUGAAAUUUGUUCAGGAAAGCCGACGUUUUUGUCGAUGGCCUCCAAAAAGGCGGAUUAUUGGAGAAGGCGGCCGCUAGAAACAGCCAACUGAUCGUGGCUCGGUGUGAUUGUUAGUUUUGAGUUUGUAAAUGAAAAAUGGGUACUUAGGGUAGGGACCGCAAGGCCACACCCCCUCGCUGACCAAAAAACGUCGUAUAUUUCGUUGCAUUUUUGACAUUUCAUUGUUGUUUAUGCAGUUUCCCUGAACCGUUUUGGGGAAAAAAAAUUGAGGGAAACAUACAAUCGGCUAUCCUCUACAAUUCUACAUAGGAGAAAUAGCUGUAAAUAAAAAAAGAAUCGGUUAAAAUUACGUUUUUUCGCGACGCCUUUGUGCGAAAAAGUGGAAAAACGUUGAAUACUUACAAUCCCGCUCUUAGGCAAGUUAUUUUUUUCUUAUUUUUGCUAAGCAUGUAAAAAAAUACACCAUAUAAGUAAAAAAAUAAAAAAAUAUUCCUGCUUGUGCUUUCAAAUAUCGAAGCGUCGGAAAAAAACGCAACUUUCGAAAUUCGGUAACUUUGGCAUUUUUCCGCGAAACAUCGUAAAAAAAUUUUUUUGAACUGUUCUCUAUGAAUUUUUAGAACAUUUUUAAAAAAAUAAAAAAACAAAACUUUUAUUGCAACCUUAAUUUUUAAAAAAAUAAGUUUUGAUUUUUUUGAUUUUUUUCUGAAACACUUGGGAAAGUGUUUUUACCAGCCAGUAGGAAAAUUAUUUUUUUCUUAUUUUUGAUUUGAAUUACUUUUUUUCUUCAACAUAGUCAAAAAAAUGAAAAAAAUCCUGCUUGUGCUUUCAAAAUUUGAUUCAUUCGAACAAUAAAAACAGCAUCCUGCAUUUGCGCGUUGGCGAAAUUGUGCAUUCACCGACCCACGAAAAUUCCGAAUUCGCGAUGUUUUCAAAGCAAGCGUAAAACUUUUUUGAAAUGAGUCAAAACGUUCAGUAAUGUAAUUCGGAAAACAAAAUAGAACUUCACAUGCUUUUCCGGAACAAAAAAAUUAUUUUAGUCUCGCCAAACUCCCACUAUCCGGAUUCCACUGGAAAACACGUUCAAAGUCGGGAAAUUCACCUGAAUAGUACUUAAAUGUGGAUUUUAAUGAGUUGAGCGCAUUUAAAAGUACUGUAUUGCUACAAGAAUGGUUAUAAAAGUCAUCAAUAAUUAAUUUGUUUGUGUUUCUAUAGGUUCACAACCUUUUAUCGGUUCCGAAUUCUGUAUCGAAUCUUUUUUCAGGGAGAAUUUGCGUUUAUCCGUGCUUCCUAGUGAUAUUCUAUCAGUUUUGAACAUCAGAAGCAUUGAAAACUCCGUAAAUAUUAAUUUUGCUUUUAUAGCCGCUGAAAAUCGUUCAAAUUAUUCUUUUUCAGUGUUUAUUUUUGCUGGUCCUCAUCUUUUGACAUUGUUCUAUCAUUUCCAAUAAUGAAAAACCAUCAUUACUGUGUUUUAGUGCGAAAAAAAUUAACAAGAAAGUUUUUCUGUAAUUUUUUUACUGCUCUUUGAGAGCGCGCCGCACCCUUGCAACGCCCACUUUUUUCGCGACCUCGACCAAAUUUUCUACAGAGAAUUGAAAUCGCGAAACGCGCGCUUUAAUAGCUGUAACUUCUUUCAGAGUCGAUCUUUUUGCAAGAUCUCUUUUUUUAAAAGUUGUCAGGACUAUGGGCUACACGGCCAUAUGAAAAUCAUUUAAAUUUAAUGGUUUCUAGAAAACUGCCUGCGGUCCCUAACUUAGGGGCCUGAAAAAACCUUUUUGAGCCAUGUUUCGAGGCAGAAAAGUCGUUUUUUUUAUGUGAAACAGUCGAAAAAUUCACAUUUUCUUCGAUAUUUCUGUGUAAUAAUUCAGGUAAUGAUCCUUUCUCGGCCUUAUCUGCCGUCUCAUCCAUCGCCAUGGCUUUGUAUUCCAAGGAAAAGCGAUCAGUUGGGCAGGUAAUUCCCAAUUUUCAUUUUUUAAAACAGCGACGUUCAACACUAUAUAAUUGCCAAAGCUUCAAAUUUUUCUAAAAAUCGAAGAAAAAAGGUUUUUUCCAGCACCUGGUCAUCGAAGACAAGAUGGACUACUGGAAGGAGCUCAAUGAUUCGUUCAGAUGA